CCAUUACGUUCUCCUUUCUUUUUUUCUCCUCUGCAAAAUGCUUAUGUGGUCACUCACUAGUGGAGCUUUGCUUUCCUUUUCUUUUCUGCUUCACGUGCGCACAAGUGCUCCAUAUGGAUAAGCACGUCAUGUUUUAAUCACUUUUCCUGUACCGACGCACGUUCGUUCACGAGGAAAUGGAAAAAAGGAGAGAGAAUCAGGCUCUCGAGAUGGGUUCUCUUCCUUAUAUUCGGUGUUUUCAUUCGGAGCCUGAAGUGCUUUGAGCUUCGCUUAAUGAAUUUUGCUCAGGGUCUGCUCGCCUUCUUGUGUUUCGAAUCCGUGUGACGAUUUGGAGUUUCCGGGACAAGUUAAACUCGAUUAUGGAAUGUGUAGUUUUCCUACCGCAGAUAGAGGUGGCCAAUUUACACGUUUGUGCUGAGUUUUGUGUGAUUGUGCUCGUGAAUGAGCAAGUCAUGCUCAAACUCAAGCAAAAAUACCAGGAGUUCUCUUGGUAAUGUUCAACAAAGCGGCCCUUUCUUCAUACCAUUUCCCUUGUGCAAAUGUGAUCACACUUUUUCAGAUGGUAUGUUCUUGUUUGUUACUGUAUGCAAUGAGAUUCUGGGAUAUCAUUUCUUUCUCUGCUGGAGAAACCCAGAGCGUCAGUUACAACCCUGCAACAAUGGUUCCCCAUAAGACAUUGCUUCACACUAUUCCUCUUGCAGUGUCCUAUUUGCUGUAUAUGCUGGCCUCCAUGGAGUCCAUACGUGGUGUAAAUGUUCCCAUGUACACUACACUCAGACGGACUACGGUGGCCUUCACAAUGGUUGUGGAGUAUUUUCUAACCAGACAGAGAUAUUCACACACUGUUGUAGGCAGUGUGGGGAUCAUUAUACUGGGCGCUUUUAUUGCUGGAGCACGAGACUUGUCAUUUGACUCAUAUGGAUACACGAUUGUGUUCAUGUCAAACAUCUGUACCGCAGUAUAUCUGGCUUCUAUAGCACGAAUUGGAAAAUCUAGUGGACUUAACAGCUUUGGCCUUAUGUGGUGUAAUGGCAUAAUAUGUGGACCAAUUUUGCUGCUCUGGACUUCAAUCAGUGGUGACCUAGAAAGAACACUGAAGUUCCCAAAUUUGUUUUCUCCUGGCUUUCAGGCUGUCAUGGCACUUUCCUGCAUCAUGGCUUUCCUGAUUAAUUACUGUGUAUUUUGGAAUACAAUGCUAAAUUCAGCACUCACACAGACGGUUUGUGGUAAUCUAAAGGACCUUUUCACAAUUGGACUGGGCUGGCUAAUGUUUGGUGGGCUUCCAUUUGACUUGUUGAAUGUCGUGGGCCAAUCACUUGGUUUUUUAGGGUCCUGUCUGUAUGCCUAUUGUAAACUUCAAGGGAGAUAAGGUGAUAAGCAGCUUGUGAGAUUUGUUUUCUGUGAUGUAACCCUAUCAUAAAAUCAACAACCAAAUUUUGGGACGAAGGUUUUUUUUCAGUAUGCUAGUAUAGUUGAAAUUCGAAGUGAAACCUGAGGACUUAUCUAGCGUCCAUCAAAGAAAUUUACAAGCUAAUAUGAGAGCUGAGCUUUGCUAAAAGUGAUUUCAGUAAAUUUAAGAGACUUCUCUAUUUGGUUUUA